CGGAGGGAGGGGAGAGGAAGCCGGGUGUGCUCGCUCAGUAGGCGGGACAAAGUUCCCCCCACACACACCUCCCUCUCUCUCUCUCCCUCUCUCUCUCUUUCUCUCUCUCUUUUUUUUUUUCGGUUGCAAGUAGGAAGCUUUUUGCACUCCACCACCUCUGGCCGCUGGGAAGACGUCAUCGCUUCCGCCCUACUUCCUCCUCCUGUUGGCGGCGGUGAGAAUCCAAUAUGGAGUAAAUCGCUGGAGUGGAGAGAUGGGGCUCGGACGGGGCGCCCUGCACCGCCUCCCCGGCGCACCUCCCCCCGCCGCCUAGCGCUCCCCGGAACCGGGAUUGGCCCGGCCCCCUUGGGGGCGACCCCGGACCGAGCCCCCUCCCGCCGCGGGUCCUCUCCUCCUCUCAGCAGUCACCGCCGCUUGGCCGCGCGCUUGUUUUUCUCCUCCUUUCCCCACCGCCGUUCCCCCGGCCAAACCUCUCCCCGCGGGCGUCUGCUGCCGAGCCCCCGGAGCGCCGCGGCGCUCAACUCCUCCCGCGGCAGCUCUGCCUUUGCACCCCCCUCCCCAAACCGUGCCCCGCACUCCCCUGGCCGCGCUGCCCCUGCUGCUGCCCGGUGCGGCGCCCCCCUUCAUCUCUAGCCGUACCCCCCCCAGCACCACCAAAUCAGGCGAUCUGAUCCGGAGAUGUGAAGACGGGGCGGGGAGGGGGGUGAUGAAGGAAGAUGAAGGGAGCGAAGCUGCCCGCCGCGGGACAGGCGUCUAGGUGAACAAGAAAAUGACCGAAGAAACACACCCGGACGAUGACAGCUAUAUUGUGCGUGUCAAGGCUGUGGUUAUGACCAGAGAUGACUCCAGCGGGGGAUGGUUCCCACAGGAAGGAGGCGGGAUCAGUCGCGUGGGGGUCUGUAAGGUCAUGCACCCUGAAGGCAAUGGACGAAGCGGCUUUCUCAUCCAUGGUGAACGGCAGAAAGACAAACUGGUGGUGUUAGAGUGCUAUGUAAGAAAGGACUUGGUCUACACCAAAGCCAACCCAACAUUUCACCAUUGGAAAGUCGACAAUAGGAAAUUUGGACUUACUUUCCAAAGCCCUGCUGAUGCCCGAGCCUUUGACAGGGGCGUGAGGAAGGCGAUCGAAGACCUUAUAGAAGGCUCGACAACAUCAUCUUCCACUAUCCAUAAUGAAGCUGAGCUUGGUGAUGAUGACGUUUUCACAACAGCUACAGACAGUUCUUCAAAUUCUUCUCAGAAGAGGGAACAACCAACUCGGACCAUCUCUUCUCCCACAUCCUGUGAGCACCGGAGAAUUUAUACCAUGGGUCACCUCCAUGACCCAUAUCCCACGGACCACUAUCACCUCGAACAGCAGAGACCCUACCGCCAGGUGAGCUUCCCCGACGAUGACGAGGAGAUUGUGCGCAUCAACCCCCGGGAGAAGCUCUGGAUGACGGGCUACGAGGACUACAGGCACGCGCCCGUGCGCGGCAAGUACCUGGACACGGCAGACGAUGCGGACUCAUACGUGCGCUUCGCCAAGGGCGAGAUCCCCAAGCACGACUACAACUACCCCUACGUGGACUCCUCGGACUUCGGCCUGGGCGAGGACCCCAAGGGCCGCGGGGGCGGCGUGAUCAAGACGCAGCCGCCGCGGGGCAAGAGCCGGGGCCGCAAGGAGGACGGCGAGCGCUCGCGGUGCGAGUACUGCAGGGACAUGUUCAACCACGAGGAGAACCGCAGGGGCCACUGUCAGGACGCGCCCGACUCCGUGAGGACUUGCAUCCGCCGCGUGAGCUGUAUGUGGUGCGCGGACAGCAUGCUCUACCACUGUAUGUCGGACCCCGAGGGCGACUAUACAGACCCCUGCUCGUGCGACACCAGCGACGAGAAGUUUUGCCUCCGGUGGAUGGCUCUUAUCGCCUUGUCGUUCCUGGCCCCCUGUAUGUGCUGUUACCUGCCCCUGCGCGCCUGCUACAACUGCGGGGUCAUGUGCCGGUGCUGUGGCGGGAAGCACAAAGCGGCCGUGUGACUCCCGUCUUCCUCCCCAGCCACAGCCACGAGGGCACUUGUCUCCUGCAUACACCCCUCCCCCCUCGCCCCCGCUGCCCCGCCCCCCAUCCUUUCACCCAAUGUAGCGAGGAGGCCAAGCAUGCCUCCCUGCACCCCUUGAAGCGCCUUCCCAGCCCCGAGGAAUCUGCCUGGCGGAUUCUGCACUCCCCACCUCUCCCAUCAGACACACACACAGUGUUCUAAGGAAAGGAACCUUCCACAGACUCUUACAAUUAACAAUCUGUAAUCGAGCUAACUGUCUUCUACACGUGUUGAAUUCCUGUCUUCCCUCCCCACCCGCUUUCCACUUCAAAAGCGCCUGCAGUCACAGCCGAUGGUUUGGAGUGGGUUCUUGUAAGUGGGUGUUUUUCCAAGAGCGAGAAGACCCUCUCUCUCUCUUGGGUAAUCUACUUGCCUGUUGCUAAGGAACACCUGAUUCCUGUGAAAAUGUGAUGUUAGAUGGUGAAAUCCUACCGCAAGUAUUUUAGCAUGCAGCCAGUUAUUACCUAUAGGAGGAGAGCUAGUUAACAAACUCCUAACCACCCACCACCACCACCACCCCUCCUCCAAACAGGAUCACUUCAUCUUUUCCAAAGCCAGAUUUCCCCUGGAAGCUACAGUUUCUCUCUGAAUACUUCAUCCUUUUCUGCCCGCCCCACCCUCUUCCCGAGCCGUUAGUUCUUCACUGAAGCCACACUCAUCACCUGGAAAACUACAGAGAAUUGAGCCUUAACUUGUGAGAAUCAGGACAGUUCCUCAACCAGCCAAGUAUCCUUUUGGAUCAGGGCUAGGAAGGGAAUUUCGGGAUUCUCUGAUCCUCCCCCGUGACCCUUCCCCUCAAAGUAGAACUUUUUCAAAUGGUAUCACCAUCUCUUCUAAAAGUUUAGCAAUAGUAGAAGAAAAUGCUAAUGAGAUUAGGAAAUUCUGCUCAUUAUUCUGCAAACCAAAUAGUCUCUUCACACACUAACCAGUGUUCUAACACAAGGUUGUGGGUACAUAAAAAGACAAGAGGUUUUGGUUUUGGUUUUUUUUUUUUUUUGUCUCCUGACACUGGCUAUUUUCUAUUAACCAGGGAAAAAUUUAAAUGUCAUACAUUUGAAGAGUCGUGGAUUGCAUUUUAUUUGGGGGGUGGAGGGCUUUAUGUUUUAUUUUCCUCUCAGACUCAAAGUUCACAUUACCAAAUUCAUCCGUUUAUACUUGGGAAAAAAUAAGGCCAUAUGUAAAAACUCUUCCAAAGCCUAAGUGUCUUUGUCCGCAGCCGGGCCAGACCUGCAGGGAUUGGUUCAGCAGACUGGGUCUUCUGGUGCCGAGCCACGUGACAGGCCUCCAACUAGCUGGAGAAGAGUAUUUUUCUAAUAUAUUGCCAGAAAUAGCCAAAUCUUAUCUCACAUGGAAUUGAAGCGUGGUUCCUUGUACCUAGCAGAGUACAAUCAGACGCCGUGGACAGGUUCUCCCACUGGCUGUUGUCCCCGUGGUGGCUGCGAGCCAGGGCCUGGCCUGAUCCCUCUCCCCACGCCACCCACCCUCCUUUAUUGCACACAGGACAUCUGUCUUCAAGGAAAGGAACUUUUUUUUUUUCUUCCCUCCUGGUCUGCCAGUUAUACUAAGCAUGCUAGCCACGUUUACCUCAUGGGAACGGUUUCAGCUAGUGGGAGAGCCCAUGGAAUCUCAUAUCAGAUCAUUGGUGUAAGUAUCCAGCGUGCUGCUGAGUUAGUUGGCAGCAGUUUCCGUUUGCUGGAGAGACUGGUUUAGGCCUUCUAGUUUGGCAAAGGAGAAGAGAGCUGACGAGCUGGUGAUGGAAGAGAAAGAGAUCCACUUUCCAGCAGGGAGCACAGCUAGAAUCCCUUCAGCCAGCCUCCAAGCUUCGUCGAACCCACCCGUAGGCCACCCCCGAGGUGUUUCCUCAGGGUCUCGCUCAAGGUCUCCUCUACAAAGCACAACACUAAUGUAUGUUCUCGUAGACCUCAGUUCAGGUGCCCCUAUUUAUUUCACAGGAUACACACACACCCCGGCCGCUUCUCUGUGUCAUCUUCCUUUCGUCCUUACUGUUCUUUCUCCCUUUACUCUGCGUCAUUACCAAACCCCCACCUACACCCCUAAGAGUUAUGCUAGUGAAUCUUACUCCACGGAUACUUCUUGGUUUGUGAAGGCAGCGGUUAAGGGCACAAGGAUAGCCAUGGGGACAUGUAUGUAGAUAACGUGUCUCUGAUUACCACACUGCAGCUGAACAGUGUGUAGUAUUUUCCCAGUCAGCUUUGCCAUACUGAGGUCAAUCAUUUGAGAGAAAUUAUUCAGAUUUUAUUUUUGUAUCUGUGGUAACAAAACAUUAACCAAAAGAUUUUCUGUUUCAAAGAGUGCCCCCUCCCCAAGCUAUUUGCUCACAUUACAAAUUAAAGUGCCUGAAGCAUAAUUCAUUCUUUUACCUGUAUACUAAAAAAAAAAAAAGAAAGAAAAAAGAAACAACAAAAAAAGAACCCUGUUGUAUUGAUUUUUUUAUAAUAAGCCUUUUUACCUCUGUGUAAAAAAUAUAUAUACAAGUGUAUGAUGUACAUUUUAGUUCUUAACUUUUUUUUAUGGUUUCUAAUAUGUAUGACCAAUGUAGCCAUUGCUUUAAAAUGUACCAUGUAAAUAUAAACACAUCCUAUCAGA